AUGCCGAACGUGAAAGGAUCAGAGAGUUAUCCAGUUAUUCUGUAUUACUGCACCCUCGAUCGCAUCCCCUCCCUUCCGCAGUUUGACAACGGGCAACAGACAACAGCUGCAGAAGAAGAUGUCGACAAGGAUUCGCCUCGUUUGUCCUCGGACAUUACCCUCACAGCCCUGAGUCAAUUGGCCGUGUUGCGCUUCGGAUGCAAUCGAGCCUUCAUCUCCAUUAUCGACGAUGGGAAUCAGCAUAUUAUUGCAGAGGCUACCGGGUCCAUCUCGCUACGUGACAAGGAUCGACAUGCUCCAGAUGAUGCAAUCUACCUCGGUGUGCGAACGAUCGAUCUGGCCUGGGGAGUGUGUCCGCAUACCAUCUCCUUGUUUACCGGCCAGGACAUGUCCAAGGCGGUCGAGACGCCUAAUAUGAUCGCCAACAGUUCCCGUUUCGUUGUCCAUGACUUUACCCAAGAGGACUUUUUCAAAGAUCGUCCAUAUGUAGUGGGGUGGCCCUACUUCCGCUUCUACGCCGAGGUGCCACUCCUUAGCCCAUCCGGGGUCGUGCUGGGUUCCUUCUGUGUCGUGGACAACAAACCACGAGGGCACUUCGCGGAAGAAGAGGUGAACGCUCUUAAAGAGAUUGCAGAUGCGGUAGCGUUGCAUCUUGACAAAGUCCGCAUCUCGAUCGAUCAUCAUCGGGCGGAGAAACUCAUUAAAGGCCUCACGAAUUUCGUCAAGGACCAUGGGGAGUUUGAUCCGGCCGAGGUACCCCUCCCUAUUAGCAGACAGUCAACGCUGAACACACUCAACUCUCCUCGCGAUCAGUCAUCAGUGAGUCUUCCCACCCCAGGUGCUGGGGGCGUUGGAAACAUGGAGGGUCCGAUUAUGAGCGGGUCGACUGCAUCCGAGGUUGAGUUGUCAUCGCUGUUUUCAGGAGUGACAUCCUCCGAACAAACCAAGACGUCAUCUUUCCUUUACAACUCAUCGCAAUCCGCAGCACCAACGCCAGCAGAGGAGACUAUUAGCCACCAGGAAGCUGCCCCAGAACGCAACGAACCUCCAACGGUGUCGGUGAAACGCUGCGUCAAAAAUGCGGACCAAAUCGCUCAAGUCUUUACUCGAGCUAGUGUCUCUCUUCGGGACUCGCUGGACCUAGAUGGGGUGCUCUUCCUUGAUGCGAGUCGAUGUAACUCGGGCGUAGUGCUCUCGGAUGAUGAGGCUCGAAGUUGGGAACCUCUCCCCACUACAGCAAAUCCAGAUUCCUGCAGGCUAGAUUUCGCCAAGAUUAACAAUCUGACCACCGAGGACAACGGACGGGAGGACCGCAUCCGUGCAUCUGACGGUAGUUUGGAGACGACAUUUGAUUUGGCUAAUUUAAUCGAGGAGGUCACAAGGGUUCAAUAUGUUGGUCAGCGGGUACCCAAGGCAACUCUGCCUUUUGUGGACGCCCUAGCCACACCCAAGAAUGGUGCCCCCUACGGCGAAACCACGGUUGUUGUUCGUAUUGAGGAACGGCACGCAUGGAAAGUGCAAUCCCUGGCGGGGGCAUGGAAACGAAUUGUCAUGAACCUCCUUGGCAACUCCUUGAAAUUCACCAGUGCUGGGUUUGUAGAGGUCUCUCUCUCUAAAGUCGUGAAACAGUCUGACCCCGAAUCAAUUUAUGCUCAUCUCUGUGUGACGGACACAGGUAGAGGUAUUGAUCGGAUGUUUCUCAGAAACAAGCUCUUUUCCCCAUUUGCACAAGAGAACACCCUGUCGGAAGGCCUAGGACUAGGCUUUAGCAUCGUGCGCCAGUUAGUUGACGCCAUGGACGGGCACGUCAAUGUUCGAAGUGAAGUUGGAGUUGGCACACAGGUGGACAUCUACAUUCCUGUUCGGCGCUUCGCCAGUCAUUAUCCCUCUUCAACUUCCAUGUCGAGCGCUCCAGUGAAAGCCUGCCUGGUUGGAUUCGAAGGAUAUCCAGAUAUAAAAGAUACCCCUACUGGAAUUUUGCCCGUCGAAGCCAAGAGAAAACUCGCCAUUCGGAGCUCAUUAGCACCUGUGCUGAUGGCGCAAUGCGGUUGGAGUCUCUCGAUAGCAGAGUCUAUAGAAAAUGCUCGCGGUGAUGUUGCUAUUAUUGAAGAAGAGGAGUUCGCCAAGGCGACAUGCGACGGCCAAUUACCGCGUGAACUCUGCGAGAGAACCGGGAUCAACUUUUUCAUCAUUCUCAGUGGUAUGCAGCCGCGCCUAAAUGACCUACCACCGAAUGCGAUCCGCGUAUCGCAGCCGUUCGGGCCGGCAAAGUUUCAGGAUGUGCUUCAAAGGACACAGGAACUCUAUCUCAAGUCACUAGAAAAUCCUAGAUCUCCUCCUCCCCCUCCUGGGAAGCCAGUUAUCACAAAGCGUUCUUCGUCGGAGCUCGUAUUACCAGCCAGCCCUGACGCCCCACAAGAGGUGGGAGUAGCAUUACCUCUUCGUGUGCCUCCCCAGACCCCUCAGAACGCUAAUGCGAUACAUUGUCUCGUCGUAGAUGAUAAUGACAUCAACCUAAAAGUAAGCUGUCUUGGCUACCACGUAUGUAACGACCAUUGA